AUGUAAAAUAAUGCAAUUGAUUAUUUGACAAUCUUCACAUCAUUAACAAUAUUCAAAGCAUUUUGUUCUGGUGUGCAUCGUUAUAAGGUUAAUUAAAUGCCAACCUCACAGUACGAAACCGUAAAUAUGUGAUCAAAUUAUUAUGAUAGGAGUCUACUUUAGCUACUCUAAUGAAAAUUUAGAUUUAAUUCAAUUUUCUAUUGCUUCAUUGCACAUUAUUUUUUAAGCACUUGGAGGAUGUGUAAGAUGUAGGUAAAUUCAAUCUAUUCUUAUUAAUUUCAACCGGUCUAUUCUCUUUAACAUUAUUGUUGACAGAUUAUAGAUGGCUAUUAAAAAUUUACAGAUAUGAAAAUCAUAUUCUUAGAGAAGAUUAUCCCAUAUUAGAGUUCUUAGGAAUCCAAGUCUUUAUGAUGUUUGGAUGUGCCUUACUUAUAACAAUUUAAUGGUUCACAAUUCCAAUUCUAUCGGAUCUUAUGUAUUAACUAUUAUGCAUCUACAAAAUACCGCAAAUCAUUAAAUGUCAUUAACACAAUUAAAUGCCUAAUAUCACAUACUUCUGUUUUCUAGAAGAUUAUUGCAUUUUGAUUUUUUUCUCAUACUAUCGAGGUUGUCCCUUUAAUAUCUUCAAAUUAUAAGACAACUUAGGAAUUUGUAUUAGUGUGGCUAUUUUGAUAUCCAUUCAAUAAUGUAUUCUGCUCUAUCAAUACCAUGUGAAACCCAAACUAUUCACGAUGAAGACAUAAAUCGAAGAAUUUACCAACCAAAUAAGAGAACAAAACAUUUAUUCAACUUUUGAGGAUUUAGGAGUUAAUAAUAAUCUUGAGUGUGCUAUUUGUCUUCAAGGUAUAGAAAUUUCUAAUUCUUUAUAAAUUUAACUCUAUCCUUAGGAUCCAAUUGUUUUGACACGUUGUUCCCAUAAGUUUCAUGAGAGCUGUCUUAUUGUUUGGCUCUAAGUUAAAAAACAAUGCCCUGUUUGCAGAUACUAAUUCUGA